CCCAGUCCACCCCACCCCACGGUGUGGGUUCCAGUCUCUGCUCCAUGGGCGCCCACCGUCCCGCCUCCCCCAGUCCACCCCACUUUGGGGAAGCUGGGGCCCUGAGCCCUCCAGGAAGUAGGGCACACCCACCUUCUGAACCACAACAGGCCCAUUGGGUGAGGUGCAGUGGGCUCCCCCUCCCAGACCUGGCCCAUAGGAAAAGCUCCCCCAAGGGCUGGCCAGUGCACACGUCCCAGGCCUCAGCAGUCCCCCCCCCAGUAGCCACCAGCCGAGGCGCCGCCCUCCUGUGAGGAGGCGGGGCAGGGCUGCCUGAGGGAGGGGAGGGGAGGGGAGGGGAGGGACACUCCUGUCUCAACCCUGGAGCCACCUCCUGCCUUAGCUGCUGGCCCUCCAGUUCUCUCUCCUGAGCCCUGGGACUCUGGUCAGCACCCCUGACCUGAAGACCCAGGCCCCCACCAUGCACAGCUUGGGACUCUGGCUGCUGGCCACACUGUGGCUGCGAGUGACCCUUGGGGAGCAGUUCCAGGUGGUGUGGCCCCAGCGCCUGCCCGCACCCCGCACCCGCAGAGCCUUGCAUCCCCACACGGAACGGUACCCGGAGAGUGUGAGCUACGUGCUGGGGUCAGGAAGGCACAACUUCACCCUGCACCUGCGGAAGAACAGGGACCUGGUGGGCUUGGGCUACAGAGAGACCUACACGUCCGCCAACGGCUCCCAGGUGACUGAGCCACUGCAGAGUCAGGAUCACUGCUUCUACCAGGGGCACGUGCAGGGCCACCAGCACUCGGCUGCCAGCCUCAGUACUUGCACCGGCCUCAGGGGCUUCUUCCAGGCAGGCCCUGCCUUGCACCUGAUCGAGCCCCUGAAUGCAGUGGGGGAGGCAGGGCCUCACAAGCUGUACCAGGUGGAGCACCUGUACCAGGGGCCGGGCACCUGUGGGGUGAGUGACAACAGCCUGGCCAGUAUCCUGGGACCCAGGACUUCAGCUGCCUUCCGAUCCAAGAACUGGCCACCACACCGAGAGACCCGCUUUGUGGAGCUGUAUGUGGUCACCGACUACAGAGAGUUCCAGCUGCUGGGGAGUCGAGAGGCUGUGCGGAGGCACGUACUGGAGGUGGUGAAUCACGUGGACAAGCUCUAUCAGGACCUCAACUUCCGCGUGGCCCUGGUGGGCCUGGAGAUGUGGAACGGCGGGGACAAGAUCCACAUCAGUCCGUAUGCUAACAGAACGCUGGAUGCCUUCCUGGCCUGGCAGGCGCGGGACCUGGCGAGCAGACACCCGCACGACAACGCCCAGCUCAUCACCGCGGUGGACUUCAUCGGAAUCACCGUGGGGCUGGCCAGGGUGUCCUCCAUGUGCUCUCAAGGCUCUGGGGCUGUGAACCAGGACCAUGACUGGCAAAACCCUGUAGGCGUGGCAUCCACUAUGGCCCAUGAGAUGGGCCACAACCUGGGCUUGAACCACGAUGAGAACGUGCAGGGCUGCUACUGCCCAGUGCCGCGGGCCAGCGGCGGCUGUAUCAUGACUGCCAGAAUCAGUUCCAAGUUCCCCAGGGUGUUCAGCCACUGCAGUCGGGUAGACCUGGAGACCUUCGUGGAGGGCUCCCAAGCGGCCUGCCUGAAGAACCCCCCGGACCCCGACCGGCUGGUGGGCGGCCCCGUGUGCGGGAACGGAUUCCUGGAGCGCGGGGAGCAGUGUGACUGUGGGGAUCCCCAGGACUGCCGCAACCACUGCUGCAACGCCACCACCUGCCAGCUGGCCGAGGGGGCCCAGUGCGCACAGGGCAGCUGCUGCAAGGACUGCAAGGUGAUGCCGGCUGGUCAGGUGUGCCGCCCCCAGCGGGAUGGCUGUGACCUAGAAGAGCACUGUGACGGCCAGCAGCCCGGCUGCCCCGAGGACACCUUCCAGGAGAACGGCACCCCCUGCCCUGGAGGUUACUGCUACGACGGGACCUGCCCCACGCUGGCCGGGAGAUGCCGGGACCUGUGGGGACCAGGUGCUCGGGUCGCCGUGGACGCGUGCUUUCUUUACAGCCUCUCAACAAGCUGCAGAGGAGGGCUGCCCCAGUGGCCAGGCCGUGCUGAGAAGUGUGGUGUCCUGUUCUGUGAAGGUGGCCAGAAGCCCCUGGAACGCACAUCUUGCACCCUCACUAUCCACAUGGGCCUCUGCCAGGCUCUCGGCCUCGACGAUGGGACUGCAUUUGAGCCGGUGCCUGAGGGCACCAAGUGUGGCCACGAACAGGUCUGCUGGAAAGGACGGUGCCAGGACUUCCACGUCUACAGGUCAAGAAACUGUUCUGCCAAGUGCAACGGCCGUGGGGUGUGUGACCACAAGCAGGAAUGCCACUGCCUGCCUGGGUGGGUGCCCCCCUACUGCACACAGCGGCUGGCACACAUACAUGCAGCACCCAGGAGCUUCCUAGUGGGUGCCCUGCUGGUGGCGGCCAUGCUGUUGCUGCUGCUGGCGGUGGGUGCGGUCCUCUACCGCAGGGCCCGAGGCCCCGGCCAGAAGAGGGGCCUGCUAGGGCUGUCCAACCCCCUGUUCCACCAACACAGCCCACCUGCUGCGCCCACCCUGGGCUCCCAGCCCCUGCCGCCGUCCAGGCCCCCGCUGCCCGCAGUCACCCCCAAGCGGCCACCCCCUGUGCCUCCAGCCGCCCUGUCCAGCCCACCCUUCCCGCUCCCCGUGUACACCCCGCAGACUCCACAGCAGCAGGCACCUGUGCCACCCAGCAAGCCCUUCCCCCAGCUGAAGCCCAGGAAGGGAGCCGCGGGCCUGAAGGCCGCCCCGAAGCCCCCGGCGCCCAGGCGCUGAGGCCCCACCCCGGGGUGCGCCCGGCCGGACACGACGCCCCGGCUGCACAGGGGCCGCCGCCGCGCUCGCUGCUCGCUGCCCGCAGGGCCCCGGCCCCGGCCCCGGGGGGCGUCCAGGGCGGGCGCUUUGUGUUCCACGAUUAAAUUAUGCACCGA